UUUUUUUUUCUCUUCUUGAUCGAAACAGUCCGCAUCGGGUAAAACGCAAAUCGGCUUCGCAAGCCUAUUCCACUUCCAGCCAAUUUGGCGAGCCAACAAGAAAGCGCGCUCAUCCCAAAGAAGUUUCGACGCUAGGGUUUCUUCUUGCCUGGCUUCGCGAUUAGCAGAAUUUCUUACUGGAGCUUGAAUCAGAGGGCUUUAGACGGAUUUUGAUCAUUUUGGAAAGCUCUUUUGUUUUUAAAGGAUUAUUCCACCGGCAGAGUUCGAUUUCUUAAUCGGAGAAGAUGCUUCCUCUCUCUCUUUUAAAGACAGCGCUGGGGCAUCCUAUGCUAGUGGAGUUGAAGAAUGGGGAGACUUAUAACGGGCAUCUGGUGAAUUGUGAUACUUGGAUGAACAUUCACCUCAGGGAGGUCAUUUGCACCUCAAAGGAUGGAGACAGGUUUUGGAGGAUGCCUGAGUGUUACAUUCGUGGGAACACAAUCAAGUACCUUAGGGUUCCCGAUGAGGUUAUUGACAAGGUUCAAGAAGAAACUAACAAGAGCCGCGCUGACAGGAAACCACCUGGGGUUGGAGGUCGGGGAAGGGGAAGAGGUAGAGAGGAUGGCAGCAGUACACAAGCUAAAGGAAUUGGAAGAAGUUCUAAUGACAACAAAGUCUCAGCUAGCGGCCGCGGUAGGGGUGGACCUGGUGGUAGAGGUGGUGGCAGAGGUGGAGGGCGCGGACGCGGUGCAUGAGAGGCCCAAUGACAGAAAAUGCUUAUAUUUAUUUAUCCAAGGUUCUCUCUCCGCAGCAGCUUUUGUCCAUGUGAAGUUGUUUUAUGUUAGGUGUGUUGCUUCUCUUGUUCUCUAUGAUAUUUGCAUAAAAAAUAUAGAAAAAUUGGCAUUUUGGUGAAAAAAUGUUUAUUAAUUGAGGCAUGGAAAGGUGUAUGGAUGGUAGCGGCCAGAAAUAGAAGGUAACUUUUCGUUUUCCAACUGAAGCAUUCUUGCUGCAA